AUGAACUGCGAGGUCUUCACCCUCCCCCCCCUGCGGUGCGAGGCGCGCCAAGCGAAAGAGGCGCUCCGCGCGUUGACGCACACCAUCCUCCUCGCGCGCGCGCUCGGCCCGUGCGCGCCAUCGGACGUCGACAGCGCGCUGUUCCCUGACCUGACGUACGUCACCUGCGGCGACGCGGACGUCGAGCGCGUCGUCGAGGCGCGGCUCGGCGCGUUCGCGUCGUGGACGGCGAAGCGCGGCCGCGACGUCGCGCGGCGCGGCGGCGACGCGCGAGAGAUCUACGCGCGCGUCUGCGUGUCGUUCUUCGAGCGCGACCGCGGCGACCGCGGCGGCGGUCUGGGCGGGUCCGGGUCCGGGUCCGGGGCGUGGGAGCAGUGGCGGAUACCUAUCGAGGUGACGCUCGAGAGCGGCGACGGCGGCGAGGGCGACGACGCGGCGGCGGCGAGGGCGAGAGAGGAGCGGUCGCUCGCGCUCCGGGACGAGAUUCGAGGCGCGAUCACGCACGCGCUCACUCUGGCGAACGAACGCGUGGCGCACGUGCCGCCGGUGACGCGCGCGGGCGCGGUCUCGUUCCCGUUCGAGAUAUCGCUGCCGGGCGACGGCGCGUCGGGGACGCUCGGGACGCUCAGGCGGGUGAUGCUCGCGUCGUCCCCGCCCGCGAUGCUGACGUGA